CCUCGCUCUGAAGCCUUGCACGUGACCACUAUAAAACGCCAGCCGCCUUUGUUUGCUUCUCAUUGCGUACUUUCAUUUUCACAGGAGAGAUUAUAACAAACAAAAAAGCCGCAAUCAUGGCUGAGGCUGACCGACCAGGGAAACUCUUCGUUGGCGGCUUGAACACCGAGACAAACGAGAAGGCCCUUGAACAGUAUUUCACCAAAUACGGCAGAGUAGUGGAAGUGCUGUUGAUGAAAGAUCGUGAAACAAACAAAUCAAGAGGCUUUGCUUUUGUGACCUUUGAGAACCCAGCUGAUGCAAAGGAUGCUGCAAGGGAAAUGAAUGGAAAGACCCUUGAGGGCAAACCAAUCAAAGUAGAACAAGCAACAAAGCCGUCAUUUGAAACUGCCCUUGGUCGACGAGGGCCUCCAUCCCUUCAUCCAAGGAGCCGCGGACCGCCGAGAGGACCUAGAGGCGCUCGAGGAGGACCCACAAGAGGCAUGUCAUCUAGAGGUCCACCACCAAUGAAGAGAGGGCCUCCCAUUCGCAAUGGUGGCCCUCCACCCAAGAGAUCUGCUCCUUCAGGACCAUUGGGACGGGCUCCCAUGUCCAGGGAAAGGGAUCCUUAUGGUCCACCUCCUCCACGAAGAGACGCAAUGAUGUCCAGAAGAGACGAUUAUCCAUCUCCACGAGAUGACCAUUAUAGUACCAAAGACAGUUACUCGAGCCGGGAUUACAUCAGCUCCAGAGAUUCAAGAGACUAUGCUCCACCACCAAGGGACUAUGCUUAUCGUGAAUACCCACAUUCCAGUUCCCGUGAAGAAUAUGGAGGAUCAAUGUCACGGGCAUACAGUGACCGUGAUGGAUAUGGGGGUGGCAGAGAGUCUCGGGGCUACCUGGAACGUCCCAGUGCCGCUUCCUAUAGGGACCCAUAUGACAGCUACGGUAACUCGCGCAGCGCCCCACCUUCAAGGGGCCCUCCACCAUCCUACGGUGGAAGUGGCGGAAGCAGUCGCUAUGACGAUUAUGGCAGCAGUUCCCGAGAUGGAUAUGGAAGUCGCGACAGUUACCCCAGCAGCAGAAGCGACCCUUACUCAGCCAGCCGUGGCGAGCGUAUUGGCAGGCAGGAGAGGGGGCCAGCCCCACCACUCGAGAGAGGCUACCCUCCUCGAGAUUCUUACAGCAGCUCCAGCCGUGGCGCACCUAGGGGUGCCCGAGGAGGAAGUAGAUCCGAUAGGGGCAUUGGCAGAAGCAGAUACUAAAAUGGACCACAAAAAAAAAAAGCCUGAAUCAUAUACAAAAUGUUUUUAGCUCCAAAACAAACAAAGUGAAAAACAAAAGGAGACUGAACUUUUGAGGACUGGACAAAAACAAAACAAGGCUUAAGUUUUUUAUUUAUUGUUGAGCUUUUCCCAUGCCCUACCCCUAACACCUGUUUCAUUUGAGAAGCGUUAAAUUGAGUGUUUAUAAUUGCAUUUUUUUAUUUGUUCGUACUACAGUAAGUUUUUUAAACAGUGAUUUGUGUGCUUGUUUAAAAACUUUUUUGUACACUAGUGCUGUUAAACUGAAAAGUAUUCUUUCCCUGGAGUAACAUGCCUUCAUUUACAAAUAAAGUUUUUAUCAAAAUGAAAAA